AUCUAAACAUUCUUAUUCUAUUUUAACCAAACAUGACCCCUAGAUAUCUUUUGAGAACAAAAUACCCAUUGCAAAAAUGACCCAGUUAGAAACGAAUUUCGACGUGCAUGACGUGGCAUCUGUUGGCCUUAAAAACACAUCCGUAUGGGAUGAUCGACGUCGUCAGCAAAUACGACACCGUUGCUUUUCAGCUUUUUUUUAAAAACCAUAACGCAUCUUUUACUCCAUGGUUAGUGCGCCACGUGUCAUCCUUUUGCACCAUAUGGAUAUCAUAGCAUCACUAAUAUCACACAGUUUUAGAUUUUACUGCCACGUCAGCAAACGUAACAGAGAUGGCAUCUGACGUGGCACCGUUUAGGCCCUUCACUUGCGCCACGUCAUCUUCUCCAAGUAUAGUACCUUUUCUUGUAUGUAUCCUAUUCUUGUGUCCCCCUCUUUCCUCCCUAUCAUUCUCUACCAGUUCAAGCUGUUUUCCAUGUCAAUUUGCAUUUUCCUGAAAAGUAAAAAAACCCUAAAUAGAGCUUCUCUAUUUCAAGUUUCAGUGAGAGGAAUUUUUCACUCUCGCUAAGUACAUGGAGCUGGAACAAAGUUUGUGAGGUAAGUUUGUUCUCGUUUGAUAUUCUUCUAUUUUAUCUUUUUUUUUUUCUGGAAAAUGAUUAUGCCUGAUUUCAAUUUCAGGUUGUUUGGCGGAAUUUUUCUUCCAAUUUCGGGACACAUUAAAAUCAACAAGGACUGUUUUUCUUUUAGUUCAAUACCUGGAUUGAUGAUUCCGUUUCUUCGAUUGAAAUUUGAGAUCGGAUUUCUGGUUUGCUUUUAAUGUGCAAUUUGGGGAGUCUAGUAAUUGACUACAUUUUGGAAGAUUGAGUUUCUAUCCCUAGACUCUACUUGAAACAAAAAGAGUUUAGUUUCCAUUAGGACUUGUUUGGCCGUUCGAGAAAAUUCGAGGAGAGGAAAUCAAUAUCAGCUUUCUGAAUCUGCUUGUCGCCUGAAUGCUCUUAUUAGGGAUGUUGAUCCCACGUUGACCAAGUAUAAGUAUAUAAUUAAUUGUUGAACAACUUUACCAGUUAAGAUAUGGUGUGACUUAGAAUAUAAGAUGGGAUCAGAGGUAUUCUAUCUGUACUUGUCUGUUUACUUACACGUUCUGCCUGAGGGUUAACCUGACAUCAAGCAACAAUGAAGAGAAUCUAUACUUGUUUAUCUAUCUUGGGAGCAACUCUACCUGUUAGCAUAUGAUUUUGGUUUUAACAAUUCUAAAAUUGUCUGAUGGCAUAAUUUGGGAGUUGAAAGGUUUGUUUUCCACCUGCAAGGCAUGGUUGCAGCUUGUAAUAAUGGUAUUUUCUUCCACUUCUCAAGGUCUUAUUAGUUUGCUGUGCUUGUCGAAGUCAAAAAUUUUGAAGGAAACAGGAUGGGCAAGCUGUCUUGUGGGAUAAAAAGUUUUUGGACAUAUUCUAUCCAGUGCCUUCCUUUUUCUUGGUCCUUUUGAAUCGGGUUGAUGGGAAUCACUGAGACCAGUAACAAUGGUCCUGUGACCAAUGGAAUACUAAAAUCAAAUCAUCAAGUACAAGAUGAUCCAAAUGGAACAAAGGAUGAAGUAAUAAGAGACAGACCGUUCUCAAAGGAAAAUGAAUCGCGGAUUAAUGAGGAUGUAAAAGAUGUAGAUGAUGGAAAGACUGGAGCAGUUCAGCUCCAGGAGCAUGUACAGAUUCUCCAUAGGACACAGAAGAGAUCCCAAGGGCCUCCAGACCACUGGGAGAGUUUUCUUCCUUUUAGGUCUGUGAAAGUUCUACUGGUGGAAAAUGAUGAUUCUACCCGCCACAUUGUUUAUGCAUUGCUGCGCAAUUCUGGGUAUGAAGUUAUUGCUGUCGAAGAUGGCCUGCAAGCCUGGAAAAUUUUGGAAGAUAUGACAAAUCGUAUUGAUCUUGUUCUAACAGAGGUAGUCAUACCAUUUUUAUCAGGCAUUGGCCUUUUGUGCAAGAUAAUGGGUCAAAAGACUUGCAAGAAUAUUCCAGUGAUCAUGAUGUCAUCUCACGAUUCUAUGAGUGUAGUCUUUAAUUGUUUGUCCAAGGGUGCAGUUGACUAUUUAGUGAAACCUAUACGAAAGAAUGAGCUUAAAAACCUUUGGCAGCAUGUUUGGAGGAAAUGCCACAGUUCUAGUGGUAAUGGGAGUCAAAGUGGCAUUCAGACCGAAAAUUCCUCAAAAUCCAAGAGUGUUGAGGACUCGGACUACAAUACUGGUAGCAACACUGAAGAUGAUAUAAGAAGCAUCGGUUUUAAUGCUUGGGAUGGAAGUGACAAUGGAAGCAGCACUCAGAGCUCAUGGACAAAAAGGACAAUCGAAGUUGACAGUCCCAAACCAAUGUCACCAGGGAACCAAUUAGCUGAUCCACAUGAUAGCACAUGUGCCCAGAUCAUUCGGUCAAGAUCUGAAGCAAUUCAUAACCAUUGGUCUGUGACUGCUGCAAAAGAGUACAAAGGGGACAAAUUCAGCAAUAUGCUGAUGGGCAAAGAUUUGGAGAUAGGAGUCACUAGAAUUCCAAAGUUGCAACUUAAAAAGCCAAGUGCAGAGGCACUAAGCCACAUAGAUGGUCUACCUGGAUUGAACUCGAUUAAAGAUCCUGAGAAUUUAUUGAAAGAAGAACAGGGAAACAACAGUGAUAGUGAUUUAAAAAGCCUAUCUGCUGAUCUUAUUGGUUCCAUCAAUUACAAGUGUCCUAAUCUAGAAUGUGUUACCUUUGGCACCACAAAUCUUCUUCCCAAGGUCUCUGAUGAUAAAAAUAAGGUUAUUUAUGACACGGAGGAAAUGCCAUGCCUUGAGCUCAGUUUGAAAAGAUUUAGUGAUGCUGGAGAUACUAGGAAAAGUACCCAUGACAGAAAUCUUCUGAGACAUUCUAAACUCUCAGCCUUCUCAAGGUAUAAUUCUGCUUCAACUGCUAAUCAGGCACCAACAGGCGAUAUAGGUAGCUGUUCUCCACCAGAUAAUAGCCUAGAGGUUGCAAAAACAGAAUCAGAGCAGAAUAUUCAAUCUAACUCAAAUCAGCAUUCCAAUAGUGAUAGCAACAACAAUGAUAUGGGUUCUACAACUAAUAAUAUUUUCAACCAAUCGAUUGUAUUUAGUGACAAACUAGCUCCUAUAUCCAAAGACAAUUGUCUCCCUCCUUCCGCUCUGCACCCUAUGCAAAAUGGUCAUUUCUCUCCUGUUGAGCCUGUGUUAGAAGGUAAAUCUGAUGCUGCAGUGCCUAAGGCAAUGUUGGCUCAAGGGAAGAGCGUGGACCAGCUGAUCCAAGUGCACCACUACCAUCACCAUCAUCACCAGUAUUACAUCCAUAAUGUGCCACAGCAGCAGUAUCUAGCCAACCAUGAUGAUACGCCUUUAAAUAACAUGGUGGAAGCAGCUUCCCAAUGUGAGGCAUGCAAUUCAUCAGGUGCAUAUAAUGAUGGUAGUGAUUGUGCUCAUGCUUUCAGUGGAAGCGCCUCAGGCAGUAACCAUGGGAGCGAUGGGCAAAAUGGAAGCAGCACUGCAUUCAAUGUCACAGGAACAAACAUGGACAUUCACAAUAGGAUAUCUGGUGAAGGUGGAGCUGGUGGUGAAAUCACCAUUGGGAUAGAUCAGAAUCAUUUUUCACAGAGAGAAGCUGCCUUGAACAAGUUCCGCCAGAAAAGGAAAGAAAGAUGCUUUGAGAAGAAGGUCCGAUAUCACAGUAGGAAGAAACUAGCAGAUCAAAGACCUCGUGUUCGUGGACAAUUUGUGCGACAGGUGGUGCACGAAAACAGAAACGAGGACAAGCAUUGUCAACCUGACGCUAGUGAGAGAUAGCAGAUGAGGUUUGUAUGAGGUGUCAUUAACUGUGUGUCCAUUGGAGUGAGCAUUUAACAUUCCAAGGUAGAAUAUUUAGGCAAGUGACGGUGUUUAGUUAAGAUCUUAUUUUAUCAAAAAGCCAAAACCCGCUGUAGGUGAGGCUCCAAAAGGCACCUUGAGGUUUUAACCUCUGUUUAUAAUUCUAAGAUUUAUGCUGCCACCAGUGUCGCCCAGAAGGCCACCCUUUAAUGGCAGCUUUCUCUAAUAAACUAAAUCUUGACAA